AUGCUGAUGGUCCUGAUACAAGUUUUCCAGAGUCUUCCCACCUUGUAUCAUGGAAGCUGGCUGAGAUUAUUAACGGAAGGAGAUAACUGUGGAAAAUGUGAUUUAGAACUUUGUUCUCAGCCUGAAAACUGCCUGGCUGGGACUGUGUUAGACCGUUGUGGCUGCUGCUCUGAAUGCGGAAAUAGAGAAGGGCAGAUCUGUGACUUGGAUGGCAGCAAUCAUUUCUAUGGACAGUGUGGGCAAAACCUGGAGUGCAUUUUAGACGCUGAGGUGAUGGAGUAUGGGGAAGUUCCUGAACCACAGUGUGUUUGUGGAUCCCAGGAAAGUGUCUGUGGACCUGAGGGGAAGACCUAUGAGAAUAUUUGCCAGUUCAAUGAGGUUUAUUCUCAGAAGAAAACCAAUGUUAGCAUAAAACACAAAGGACCAUGUGAAUCAGCUCCUGUUAUUUCUUUGGCACCUCAAAAUACUGAAAACUUUAUGGGAAACGACAUCAUUUUUAGAUGUGAAGUUUCAGCCUAUCCAAUACCAUACCUGGAAUGGAAGAAAAAAGGGGAAAAAAUUUUCCUUCCUGGUGAUGAUACACACAUUUCAAUCCAGGUGAGAGGUGGACCUCAGAAAUAUGGUGUGACAGGAUGGCUACAAAUUCAAGGGAUCAGGAAAUCAGAUGAAGGUGUUUAUAUCUGCCAUACCAGAAACAAAUAUGGCACAGCUUAUGCAUCUGCCAGACUAAAAAUUAUCAAUCCUGGUUCAUCAUCUAGAUAUCAGAUCAUCACAAGGAACAGAACUGGAAGUUCCAACACAGGCUCUGGAAAUAUUAUGAUCCUGUGGAAGAAGAGGAAGAAUAUGAAUCUGGAGACUAUGAAGAAGGAAACAAACUGAUUUGAAAACAGAGAUUCCAUUUCUAAUCUCAAUUAUACAGAGUUAGUCAAGAAUGUUAGACCUGAAAGAGACCUUGGAAAUUAGAGGACUGGACUAGAUGACCUCUAAAAUGCCUUCUACUUAUAGGUACUGUGGACACUGAGUAAAAUCUCAUUUUAAAAAUGAGGAUAUAGGGAAUGGAAGGGGUUUGCUCAAGGUCACAAUGGUUCUUUAUGGAAGACCUAUGAAUAGAACUCAAGUCUUCUGUCUUCUAUUCCAUUGCAUUUUCCUCUAUAUCAUUAGAUUUACCUUUGUAAUUAGUAAAGUAAAAUAUCCUGUAAAAAUAUCAAAUACAAUCACUUUCUAAACCAGUUAAAAUUUUUGGUCUUUCAUGAGAGCAUCUGUCCAUGUCUCCCUCACUUUUGUACUCUGUGAAUUCAGAUGGGAACUUAGUAUAUCUUUAACCGAUCUUGGAAGUAAGGAAAGUGAAAGUGAACAUGUUUACUAAGCACCUCAAAAGGCUCAGUGCCAUGGGCGAUAUAAAGAAGU